GCUCGAGCGCCCGCCGCGCCGUUCGCUCGCGUGCAACGCAUGGGCAUGCGGCGCCGCCCGCGGCGGGAUCGAUGGCGGCGGCGGCGGCGGCGGAGGACCCCAUCGAGGACCCAGAGGACGCCAUCUCUGUGGCGUCCACGGUGCUGGACGAGCCCUCCGACGACGGCGUUCCGGACCCCCACAGCGGUCACCCGCGCCCAUCACCCGGUCGCGCCUGCCUGGCCCCGCUGGCCGCGGCGGCCGUGGGUGCGCUUUCGGCGGGCACCGGCGCCUGGCCGCCGCCCGCCGCCGCCUCGCCGGGCGCUUUGCCCCGCGCUUGGCCCUCGCUCUCGGCACCCUCGGCGCGGGCGGCUCCUGAUCCCGCGGGCCCGUCCGCGCCGAGCCGCCGACAACCCAGCCUGGCAGGCGGCUGCCUGGCGGCGGCGGUAGGGCUCUCCGCGGAGCCGCAGCUGGCCGACCGUCAGGUGCUCGGCCACGUUCGCGCGGCGGCCGGCGACAGCCAGCUCGAUGUAUCCGCGCUGCAGCGGGCGGUGGCGGACGGCAGCGCGGCCAGGCGCGCGGCAGCAGAGGCGCGCGCCGCACCGCCGCCUGGCUGCGGGUUGCCGCUACACCUGCUGCCGGGGGAGGCCUGCGCGCCCGCGGGGCCCUCAUGCUCCACGGCGUCGCGGCCACGGUGUUGGCCCCAUGGUUCGCUCGCCGUGGAGCCGGCGGCGGCGGGGCGCUCGGGGGCCUCGCCCCAGCGGCGGCCAAGCGACCAGGAGCAACUGCAGCCUGCUGCAGGCCCCCGUAGCUCGCCACCCGUCUGCGAGAGGGCGGCUGGACGCGAAGCCCCACCCGCCCCCGAUCAGCACAUGCAACAUGUGCAGCAGGGCUCGGGGCGCGCAUCCCAGCAGCAGCCGCACGAGUGCUCGCCCGCCUGCCAGCGGCAACAGGAGCAAGGCUCGACCGCCUCUCCGCAGCAGCCUCAGCACAGCUCGCCCGCCUCCCGGCGGCAUUUGACCCGCUCUGCUGCCUUGCCCGAGAGGCUGGAUCCAGGAGGGGUCGCGGCGGCCGAGGCCGCGCCACAGGACGAGCUGGCCUCGCGCGAGCAGCUAGCGCUGUUGACCAUCCCGCAGCUGCAGCGGCUGCUCCGCAGCAGGGGCCUAGCGGCCUCUGGGGCCAAGGCUGAGCUCGUCGCGCGGGCGGUGCAGAUGGGGGUUCUUCGGUCCGAGGCCAAUGAUCAGGAUACCAAGCACCGCGCCGAUGCCAAGGGCGCACGCCCAGCGAUCAAGAGGGUCUGGCCGCCAGAGUACCGCGAGCUCUACAACAAGGCGGCCCGGCCCGCCGCCGCCGACCCGGAGCAGGCGCGCCUUCGUGCGAUGGCCGCCUUGCACGCGGCGGCGGCUGCGGGGGAUCUGCUGACCAGGCCGACCUGCGAGCGGUGUGGCAGCGCCUUGGAGCUCGUCGAGGGCGGGGGCGCGGAGCCCUUCGUGAGCUGCGUCACGUACCGCGCGGGGCCGCAGCAGUGGUGCCGCGGCCCGCGCGCGUCGCUCGAGGCGUUCUGCACCCGCCUGCAGGACCGGCGUCGCGUCGUCGUCGAGCUGGCCCACGGCGGCGACGCCGUCGUCGUGAGCGCGGACGCCGACGCCGCGCCGCUGCUCCGCGCCCUCCGCGCAGCUCGGCCGGCGGAGGAGCUGCCCGGCUCCACCGACGGCGGCCUGUGUUCGCCACGGCGGGCUACGCCGCGGUGAUGCAGGCGCUCAGGAGGCUGGUGGCCGCGGGCACGCCCGCGGUUGGCGGCGUGCAGCUGCGCGGCGUCCCCGAAGCCACGCGGCAGGCCUUCGAGGGCGAGCAGCCGCGCGCGAGCGAGGCGGAGCUGCGGGCGGCGCUACAGCGCCUGCGCGGUGCCGCGCUGGAGGCGGUGCUCAGGCCCCACCAGAGGGCGGCCGUCGAGUGGGCACUGCCGCGGCGAAGGGUGCUCAUCGCCGACGACAUGGGCCUCGGGAAGACGCUGGAGGCGCUGGCGGUGCUCGUCGCCCUCGGGGCCUUCCCCGCGCUGGUGGUCUGCCCAGCCUUCGCGCGCAGCAGCUGGGCGGCGCAGCUGGAGCGGUGGGGCGUCGCGAGGCCGGGCGAGUACUGCGUCCUCCGCGACAGCUCGUCCUUCGUGGGCCACCGCAGCGUGCCCAGGGUAACGAUCCUCAGCUGCCGCAUGCUGGUAAACCAGUUCAAGCCGCUCGCCCGGGUCGCCUGGGGCGGCUUCGUGGUGGACGAGUCGCACUUCAUCGGGACGUCGCAGCGCCUGGGCUGCGACAGCGAGGGCUCGGUGGAGCAGAGGCUCCUCCUGCGCCUCCUGCGCGACGCCCCGCAGGUCACCCCCAUAGUCCUGCUCUCUGGCACGCCAGCGUGGACGAAAACCUUCGACGUCUUCAACCAGGUGGACCUCCUCAAGCCAGGCGCGCUCGGGCGCUCCAGGUGGGACUUCGCGAGGGCCUUUUUCACGACUCGGCGGGGGGCGGCGCUCAGGCCAGGGGGGUUCGAGCCGCUGCGCAUCGGACCCUGUGAACGCCCCUCGGAGCUGAACUUGCUGCUGUCACGCUUGGUGAUGAUCAGGCGCAGACGCCAGGAGACCGACGUGCUCCACUCUCUGCCGCCUUUGGAUCUGAUCGAGGUGCCGCUGGAGAUCGACACGAGGGACGCAACCAUUGCUGUGGAGCGGCACGGCAUCAGGCGGGUCGGCGCGGAUUGUUGGGACGGCGUUGCCACCGCCUGGGAGCGCGUCGGUCUUUGCAAGGCGAUCGCAGCGUGCUCGUUUUUUCUUGAAAGGUUCGGAGACAAUCUGGAUGGCAUCGGCCCAGUGGUGAUAUUCGUGAGGCACCACCGCGUCCGUGAGUCUCUGGAGCGCUUCUUCGCGGAGAACCUGCCCGAUGCGGAGCUGGGCGUGCUGAUAGGUCAGGGGCGCGAGGAGGUGCUGCGGGAGUUCGCGGCGGGACGCUAUCAGCUGCUUAUCGCCAUGGUGGAAUCCUGCGGCGUGGCGGUUGACUUCAGCAGGGCCUCGAUUUGCGUUUUUCUGGAACUGCCAGAUACCGCAAGCGAGUUCGGCCAGGCGCUGGCGCGGCUGCACCGGGAGGGGCAGAAGUCGACCGUCACGGCGUACGUGCUGUUAGGGUCCGUGGCGCCAUCUGAGACGCGACCAGGCUGCGACGACGAAGACGACGCCCGCCGCAUCCUGAAAGAGUGCGGGAAGUUCGACUGGAGGCGAUGGAGGGUCUUAUUGCUGAAGCACCAGGAGCAGACGAGGGUGCUGGGCGACCAUCGCAGCCAGGCGGCCCCCGGCUGGCACGAGCAGGGCCGCGCUGAGGAACCCGCCGCAGGGGCCCCUGCAGCGGGCGAGGGGCCGCAGGCGCCGCAGCCUGGGGAGCCAGCCGCCGAGCUGUGGCGCUUCGCAGUCAGCGCGGAGACGCGGCGGCUGCACGUCUACGAUGCGGCCGGCGUGCACACGGGCCUGGCCUCGAGGGGCCCCGCGCUACCGGGCGUGGAGCCAACAGCGGCGGACUUCGCCUUCGUGCCGGGGCUGGCGGGCGGGCCCCGCCUCGAGGCCUGCGGGGAGCCCCCUGCGGUUGCCGCUGUGGCGCAGGCCGCGGCGCGCUUCGUAGGCGCGCACGCAGGCCUGACGGCCCACGAGCAGCGCCUAGUGCACCGUGGCGGUCCUGGCGGCGCGCCGCACCCGUGCACUGCGGAGUCCCUGGCGGCCGUGGUGCAGGCCUUGCACGCGCCUGAGAAGCAUUCGGUGCGCCGCCGGGCAGCGAAGGGCCCAGGCUCGGCGCUGCCAGCGGGGGCAGAGUGGGCCGAGGCCAUCGUGGUCGACCGUCGUGGGGAGAGGCCGCCGUACGAGCAGGCCGUCGUUUUGGAGACGAGGUCGACCUACUGCUUGGAGUGCAUGCGGCUGCUGCCGCCGCUGGGCGUGCCCAUGGUGCGCGGGGAGGCGCCGGCGAAGCGGGUGGUCGUGCGCUACAGUUGCGACCUCGAUCUCUUCUGCGACGGCGCCUGCCGUCAGGCGUUCUUCGUCAAGCGGAGCCAGGGGGUGGCACGGAGGGUGAUCCAGAGCUUCGAGCGUGGCGUCUGCCGGUGCUGUGGCCUGGACACCGAGCAGCUCGCCGCCCGCCUGCAGCGGCUGGCCUCCCAGGAGCUGCGCGGGGCCUUCUUCGACGAGGGCGGCAGGGCGGAGGCCGCGGAGCGGGCCUUCUUCUGGCGACUCGCGCCUGCUCGCCGCAUCCGGGUGUUGUCGCAGCCCGACAAGAUGGCGAAUUUCUGGGAGGCGGACCAUGUGCGUGCCGUGGCCGAUGGUGGCGGCGAGGCCGAGGUUGGGAACUACCAGACAUUGUGCCUAGCGUGCCACCGCGAGAAGACCAGCGGGGAGCGCCGCCGCCGACAGGCAGCACGCCUGGCCUCGAAGCGCCCGGCCCGGCCCGAGAUCGGGGCGACCCAGCGGCGCUCUGCGAAGAGGCGGCGGGCGCCGUCCUGCACGCAGGCGCCCCCAGCAGAGAAGGCCGUGUGCUGCUCCUCACCGGAGGCGGGCGGGCCUGCCGGCUUCCACUCCGACGACGCGCCGCUGCGCGGGGCGGCCCCUGCCCCCACAGUCCUCUCGGAGCCAGCUGCUGGCUCCGCCGCCGCCUGCUCGCGGGGGCCCCGGAAGCGAGGGCGCCCGCCGGCUGGCGCUCGGGUGGCGCUGGCAGCCGCUGGCGGGGAGCUGGCAGUUGCUGGCGGGCCCGCCUCGAAGGAGCCGCGGAAGCGGCCGGGCGCUACUGUGACCCCAGCGGCCGCCGGCCCUGCCGACGCUGUCGCGCCAUCCGCGGCCGCCGGCGCGGCUGGCGCCCGCAGCGCUGCUGCUGCAGGCCGCGCGGCGCCGUGGGGCGGGGCGGGCUCCAGCGACGAGCAGGAGGCCACCCAGCCCGCCCCGCACCCCGCUGUCUGCCGCCUCUCCGCGCUCAGCGCCGCGCUGGGCAGGGCGCUCGCCGGCUCGGCCAGGGCCGCUGGCGGCCGCUCUCCUCCGGCCGUGGGCGCCUCCGCGGUGCGCUUGAGACUGCUCGCGCCUGCGGCCGAGGCGGCGGUGGGCGGGGCGCUGGCUGGGCGGCUGGGCGGAGGUGCGGGCGGCGGGACGCCUGAGCAGCUGGUGGUGGGACUGCUGGCGGCGGGCUGCUGCAGUCCCGGGGGAGAAAGGAUGGCCGCUGCGCGGCGAAGCACGAGCACGUCCGUGCCGUCGCCGUGCUCGGCUCAAGCUCUUUUUGGCGGCAGAAGCCCGCCCAUGACAUCUAUCUCACAGGUCGUCGGCCUCAGCUGGGCUACGACCCUCGUGGAUCGCGCCUUCCCUUCGAUCGCUGCGUUGGCAUCCAGUGCAGAGACCUGCUACUUGCUGGAGGGGCUCGGGGGAGUCAGGACCCUGGGUCUCAGCGUGUUCGGCCUCGGGGGCGUGCUGGGGUGGCUGGUCGGCACCUGUGGGACCUAUGUCCUCUUGGUCGCGCGCCGGAGCCCGCAUCGCCGUCCAAUGGAGAGCCGGCGAGUCCCUGCAGAUUCGAUGCGUGCUGACGGACUGCGACGGAGCCGAGUACGAAGACAUCUGCGGGGAGCCACCACCAGCUCUGGCAGCAGCGGAGGGGAGAUUGAGUACUGCCUGACGCCCGACGGCGACGUGUACCCCCACGCUCUGAAGUGUCCUCCUCUUCAUUCUCUGACGGGCUUCGACGAGACGGGCCAGGAACUGGUCGUAUGUCGGGAAGGUCAACUACGCGACGGAGUUCGACGGAUGCCCUCCCUCUACGGCUCGGACUGGUUCCCGAGCAUCCGCGAGUACCAAGACGCGAUGGAGUUUUGCGUCGGCCCCCCGGGUCCGAGCAGGCGCCUCGUCGGGAAGCAGGCUCUUGGGGACUCGGCGGCUGGACCGACAGCGAGUGGGGGGCUUCCUCAGGGCUCGGGGCAGCUCCCCGACCCAGGUGCCAACGUGUGGAUGUGCAUCGAGGCGCCCCCGUCAGGAGGCAAAGGCAUGCCCCUCACCAGCGAGCAGGCCGACGAGUGGGUCGCCAUGGGCAAGGUCGUGAUGUUCAAGCGGGGCUCGGAGGUGCUUGUGGCCAAGCAGGUGCCAGCCGGCGAGGCCGCCGAGGAGCCCGACGCGCGCACACUCUCUGUGGUCCUUAGCCACGAAGGCGAGCGUCGUCGGGAUUUCGCCGCCGCCGUGUGCGGCAUGACUGAGACUACGUGGGCCUUCUGGCCCCUGCGUGGGCCCCGGACAGUAAUCUGGUGCUUGCGCUUCAUCGUGCAGCAGGACCACUCGCCCAAGGCGAGACAUACCCGCUGGAAGCACGAGUGUAACCUGUCAAUCACCGACGUCGGCGUCUCGGACCACGAGCUGUGCAUGAGGCUCUUCGAGAUAGGGUCCUCUUACGACCAACUCAAUCUACCAGAGUUGGCUAUCAUGGAGUAUGUGGCGGCGCGUCGCGCCCAGAUGGCUGAGUGGCGUUACCGAGACCGAAUCCUUGGUCGGGGCGACGGCGACGAACUACUUGAAGAUGAAUUUCUAUACCUCGGCACCGCCGAGACCCGCGGCCUCUUGAUGGUGUGUCCACUUCUCCAGGACCACGUGUCAGAACAGUUGCACAAGGAGAUGAUGACGACCAAGGAGCGGCGCAAGCUGCGGGAGGAGAGAGCCUUGACACGGGGCCCUGGCGGUGCCGCGGGCAGUGCCGACGGGCGAUCCUUGCAGCAGAAGGUGAGCAACCAGUCGGCCGAGAUCAAGCGGCUGAUGGAUAAGUUGAAGGCGGCUGGAGUGGCCGCGGCGGUGGGCGGCUGGACGUCCGAGGCGCUGCGUGCUCUGAAUUCGCUCUACUCUGGGCCCGAGUUCGAGGCCCCGGAGGGGCAGUCGGCAGCUCAGGUCCGACGCCUGCGCCCCGAGCUGGUGCCGAGCGAGCUCAAGGGGACGUAUGCCACUCCGCAGCUGCUGGUCCUCGCCAUGGGCUUCUCGUGGUCGCUGUACUUCUGCCAGGAGGCGGUGGAGGCCCGCGUUCGGGCCGCUGGCGCCCCCCGGUGUGACUUCGUGCGGGGCCGCCACGGGGUCCCGGAGCUGGAGAGCGGGCCCAAGGUGGCGGUGUACGUCGACGGCGUGGCCGUCGUCAGCCAGGAUCGGCACCCCGCCGUGUACCUGGGCAAGAAGGUGCUGGUAUCCCUCGAGGAGGGCGGGUUCCGUUGCAAGGGGCUCGAGGAGCCCACGAGCGAGGUCAAGUUCACAGGCCUCGUCUUCGACCAGAAGGCCGGGGCCAUCCGCGUGUCCCGCGAGCGCAUGUGGCGCGCCAGGCUUGCUUUCCUCCACGUCUGCGACAGGGGGUGGGCCAGCGGUGACGAGCUGAUGAUCCUCGUGGGGCGCUUCACGUGGGCCGCGCUCCUUCGGAGGCCCCUCAUGUCCAUCCUGUCCUCGGCGUAUAAGUUCUCUGAGUGGGCCGGGAUCUUGGUGCUAGUCGACAACCUCCCGGUCGUCCUGGCCUCGGGGAAGGGGCGUGCCGCGCCCCAGUCCAUGAACCGCACGUGCCGCCAGCUGUGCGCCCUUAGUAUCAUGGGGGACCUCGACAUCGUCGUUCGCUGGAUGCCCUCGGAGUUGAACCCUGCUCGGCUCAAGGACGCGAUCGAGGAUCUUGCUCUCGGCACCUCGGGCUGCCCGAGUCAUGGAGGUCAGGGGCGGGCGGCUGGUCCGGCCGACCUCGAGAGGGGCUUCCAGGGUUUCCACCCCGGUGAACGGGGAAGUGACGGGGGGCCGCCUGAUGAGGCCUCGUGUUCCUCGAGCAGCUCAGCUACGGGGGACGAGCUCGACGGCUUGGACGACGACCCCAUCGCUUGGGGUGAUGGCCUCGGCUCCCACGACACGGGCCGCUCUAUGAGUCUUCAAGUGGCCCAGCGAGGGGUGGCCAGGCGUGCUGCGAGCGCGCCUCUCGGCGACCUGGAGCCGAGCAACCUCGCCUUCCUGCAGGCCCACCGCGUCAGGAAGGGGACCGCCCGUUACCUGACGAAGGAGUGGGAGGAGUUUCAGCAGUGGUGCUUGGAGCGGAGGCUGCCCGUCGAGCUGGGCGACCCGCUGGAUCGGGCCGCGGCCCAGUACGUGGACUGGCUCUACUUCGCGGGCUACAACCACGAGCGCGGCGACAAGUUGUUGGCGUCCAUCGGUUGGCACGACCCCCGGGCUGUUCGGCACGGGCCAAGAGAUCCUGUUCGACUUCGGGCGGCCUUGAAGGGGUUCCGCCGGCUGGCCAGAGGGUGCUCUCGCACCCCCAUGCCGGAGCCACUGCUGUUCGCGAUCAUCGGCGCCAGUCUCCACUUUGCCCCGCUGGAGUUCAGCAUCGGUCUCGCGAUAGCGUGGGGCGGGGCGCUGCGGGUCCCGGUCGAUCUGAUGAGCAUGACCGGUCGCAGCCUCGUGCCGCCUGCAAGCGGGAGCCCCAGCAGGUGCUGGGGGCUCCUCCUGUGUCCAGAGGAGGGGAUGGGCCGCAGCAAGGUGGGCGGCCACGACGAGGGCAUGCUCCUGGACUCCGCGGCCGCGCUGUCCAUCGGCGGGGUGCUGCGGAGGCUCAAGGCCCAGACUGCGGACGACAGCAAAGUGCGGGGCUUCUCGGCGCACCAGUUUCGACAGUGGUUCAAGGCCGCAGCCGAGGCCAUCGGGCGGCCGCGGCUCCAUCCGUAUCAGAUCCGCCACGGGUCAGCAAGUCACGACAUCUUCCACAGACGGCGGACGUUGCCAGAAGUCCAAGAGCGGCUUCGCCACGCCGCCGUCGCCAGCACAGCCCGCUAUCAUAAGCACACUCGCUACCUGGCCGAGCUCGGGAAGGUGUCGCGAGAGCUCAGGGACUUCGCGAGCGACGUGGAGGCCCACUUCAGCGAGCACGUGACCGGGCGAAGGCCCCCCGCGGCCUGGGCCGGCGCCCUCAAGCGUCGGCGCGGCCAGCAGGGCGAGGCUCUGCUCUGA